GAAGCUGGGCUCUGCUUAUACCUUGCUUUGAAAUACAUGCUGGAAUCAUUUCAGUUUUCAAAAUUCCUUAUAAUUUUUACUGAAAACUGCUUACUAAAAGAAAAUGGAUUGGAUUGGAACAAUUUUAAUAUUAUUAAUAUUUCUUCUUGCAAUUAUGUUCCUUUUGAAAAAGGGCAGUUUCUGGAAUAACAACUCCCCCAAUCUCCCUCCGGGACCCAAGACCAUACCUAUUUUGGGAAAUCUGCACAUGAUGGAUCUGAAGAGGCCUUACAGAACAAUGACAGAGUGGUCAAAAGAAUAUGGUCCCAUUUUCCGCAUCAAACUGGGAUUCCAGGAGAUGGUGGUGCUGACUGGCUAUGAGACGGUCAAAGAAGCUCUAGUGAACCAGGCUGAUGCAUUUGCAGAUAGGCCCUUUGUUCCCAUUUUUGAAGAUAUAGCAAAAGGGUUUGGUCUUGUUUUUGCUCGUGCUGAGCACUGGAAAGUGAUGCGACGGUUUACAUUAUCCACAUUACGGGACUACGGAAUGGGCAAGAGGACCAUUGAAGACAAAAUCACAGAAGAGUGUAGUGUCUUAACGAAGACAAUGGAGACUUAUGCAGGAAAACCCUUUGACGUCAAAAGAAUUCUGACUGCUGCUGUUUCCAACAUCAUUGUUUCUAUUCUACUUGGGAAACGCUAUGAAUAUGAAGAUACCACAUUUCUACGACUACUGAAGAUAACUACGGAAAAUAUUCAGCUUGCAGGAAGCCCUGCUUUGUUGCUAUAUAAUUUGUUUCCCAAGUUGGGGUUUCUUUUGGGUGCCCGUAAAAUAAUAAUGAAGAAUCAAAAGGAGUUCCAUGAUUUCAUACAGACCACCUUCAUAGAAUAUCUCCAAGAUCUUGAUGAAAAUGACCAGAGGAAUUUUAUUGAAUCAUUUCUUGUUCGGCAAAGACAGGAGAAUAUGAAGAUGGCAAAUGAUGGAUAUUUCCAUAAUGAAAACCUUAUAUGUCUUGUAGCUGACUUAUUUGGUGCUGGUACAGACACAAUGGGAAACACUCUGCGCUGGGCCAUACUCCUAAUGAUGAAGUACCCAGAAAUUCAGAGUAAGAUCCAAGAAGAAAUUGCAAGAGAAAUUGGUGAUAUCCAACCAAGGACUGACCACCGAGCCAAAAUGCCUUACACUGAUGCUGUAAUUCAUGAACUUCAAAGAUUUGCUAAUAUCGUUCCCUCCAAUUUGCCACAUGCAACCACCAUGGACAUAACUUUCAAAGGCUUCUUUAUCCCCAAGGGCACGUACAUUGCUCCCUUGCUCACUUCUGUGCUCCGUGAUGAAUCCCAGUGGGAGAAACCUCAUGAAUUCUAUCCUGAUCAUUUUCUUGACUCUGAAGGAAAAUUUGUGAAAAGAGAUGCAUUCAUGCCAUUUUCCGCAGGUCAGAGGGUAUGUGCAGGUGAGAACCUUGCCAAAAUGGAGCUCUUCCUCUUCUUCACCAGCCUCUUGCAGAAAUUUACCUUCCAGCCACCCCCAGGAACAUCUAAAGAUGACUUGGACCUGACUCCUUGUAUUGGGCUUAUUUCCUCUCCCAUGCCAUACAAGACUUGUGCUGUGUUAUGUUGAUCUGACCGAAAAAAAAUAUAACAAGCUGUUUUCGCAGCCUUAAAAUGCCUUCAUUUUGACAGAGAGGCAAAAUUUAACCAUAGAAUUCAAUAUUGUCUAGUUUUUAAAAGAUGAAUGGUAAUGAUCUAUAAUCUCAUGGAAUGUGGAUUGUGUUAUGAAAGAAUAGUAAGGAGUUCAUGAAAAGCAAAGUGCUUUUCUUUUGGAACUAUUUGUUUUCUUAGUUUUUUACUAUUCUUUUGUCUUCUUCAACCUUUUUGUUGAGAACUUUUUGUCUGAUUUGUUUUAAUGAGGAACAGUGAUUUUAAUUACUUGAUAAAAAGCAGUAUCAUUCUUUUGUGGAAUAGUCCCUAGUGCAAAUUUGCUUCUACACCAUCCAGGGUCCCUCUGUGAUAGCGAUGGGCAGUUUUAAAAAAUUAAUCAAUAAAUAAAUACCUAGUCAUUAAUUAUAUUCUUUUUUAAAAAACCAUAAAAUAAUAAUGUUAGUAAUAGUAGAACUACUAACAAUAAUUAUGAUUUAAAAGUCCAUUCUACACUACAGGAACCUCUGACAAAAAUUAAGUUGGGAAACAAAUGAGAUUCAGCAACAUUAAAGAAUUUCCUUUUUCUUUGUAGGGAGCUUUAAUUUAUUUGCUAUCUAAUAGGAGGAUUGAUCCAAUUUGUCCAUCACCAUAUUGACCCAUCUUGUUACAUAAUGUAGAUAAUAAAGUGUUUACCACAAAAGGAUAAAAUGUGCUUCUAAAUAAACUGGUAUAGAUUGAUAAGAUUGGAUUUGUUCCUAAGACAUACAUAAGUUAUAAUGAUAAAUGCACUGGGGGAGUGAGGACAAGAUGGUGGGUAUUCUAAGGGGAGAAACAAUGGACCACCUGGUAAGCUGCUGCAAGAAGAUUGCCCAGACUGACUACAAGCAGAGGCAUGACAAAUUAGCAACAAUGAUACAUUGGAAGAUCUGCAAGAAAUAUCAUUUGCCUGCAAGCAAGAACUGGUGGGGCCAUAAAAUAGAGAAAGUCAUAGAAAAAGACGUUAAAUUGUUCUGGGGAAUUUAGAAUUCAGACACACAGGCAUCAGCCACAUAACACCCCAGACCUAGAAAUUGUUGAUAAGAAAGACAAAAAAGUGUGGAUAGUGGAUGUGGCAGUGCCAGGAGACAACAGAAUAGAAGAGAAAGAACUGGAGAAGAUAACAAAAU